GAGCUUCUGCGCCAGCGGAGCAUCAGCUGUGGCGCGUCGGACGGUGAGAAACUUCGCCGACUCCUCCGCUGUGACUCCUCCGCUGUGACUCCUCCUCGGCCCCGCGUCUCGCGCCUCCGCGGCCGCCGCGUCCACGCACACGCACACGCGGAGCGGCGUCGCUUCGGCUCCCACCUGUUUGCGGACGAGCCCCGGAGCGCGUCGGUCGCCGCCCGAGGAGCGCCGGGUGCAGCCGGGAGUGACUCAGUCAAGUUUCGCCCCCCUUCCUGCUGUUGUUCCCGAGGAAUGAGAGGAGGAAGAGCCGAAAGUCGCGUGUUUGAAUGAACAAAAGAGCACCAAGUGAGGAUAUUAGCGCCGAAAUGGAGGAGACCCUUCGGGCAGGAGCAACAUCUCCGAGCCAGGAUCUGAAAACGGACCCCGCGAGGCCCGACCCGGAGGGCGAGAGCUGCCCCCCGAAGGCCGACGGCGCCCAGAGGACGGCGUCUCCAGCUAAAAGGGAAGCGCACAGGAGGCAGGCGACCCCAGCCAAGUCGGACCUCAUCCCUCGACCGCCCGGAUCCCCGGCAUCGCCUGCGCCGAGGUCCAAACGAGACCUCAUGAAGUCAGAGGAGAGGCAGAAGCUGGCGAAGGAGCGACGAGAAGAGAAAACCAAAUAUCUGGAAGAGCUCAGCAAGUCGCAAGCUGCCAAAAAGAGCCAGUGGCUGGAGAAGGAGGAGAAGGCCCGGCAGCUGAGGGAGCAGCAGCUGGAGGAGCGGCGCAGGAAGCUGGAGGAGCAGCGGGUCAAGGCAGAGAAGCGCCGCAGCGCGCUGGAAGAGAGGCAGAAGCUGAAACUAGAGAAAAACAAAGAACGCUACGAGGCCGCAAUUCACAGGUCGACGAAGAAGACGUGGGCGGAAAUCCGACAGCAGAGAUGGUCAUGGGCUGGAGCACUAAACCAGAGCAACCAGAAAGAAGGCAGAUGCUCAGUGUCCACGGUCAACCUGCCCAAACAUGUGGACUCAGUUAUAAACAAGCGACUCUCCAAGUCCUCGGCCACGCUCUGGAACUCCCCCAGCAGAACCCGCAGCCUCGCUCUGAGCCCAUGGGAGAGCAGCAUCGUCGACCGUCUGAUGACGCCAACGCUGUCGUUCCUCGCCAGAAGCCGCAGCGCUGCCAGCGUUCUUAGCAACGGCAAAGAUGGCCACUCUCUUCUGUGCCCUCGUUCAGCCUCCGCCAGCCCCCUCACUCUGUGCACCCACCAGCCCCACCACCGCUGCGCCGAGCGCUGGAGGGUGACGUCGAGCUCGCCAGACAUCACCCAGCGCCAACACAGGCGCAGCUCCACGCCUAUGGAUAAAAAUAAGAAAGAAAAGAAAGACAAAGAACGAGAGAAUGAGAAAGAGAAAAGUGCCCUGGCGAAAGAGAAGGUUCUCAAGAAAAGGCAGUCCCUGCCCAGUAUGAGACACAGGCCUGAGCUGAGUCCUAGUCCUUUAUCAAGACAGCGGCCGUCAUCCCCGGCCACACCCAGGAACAGAACUGCCUCUCCCAGCCCUGCGGCCUCGCCCAAGCCUCCUUCAGCACGCGGAAGCCCGUCGACCCCGAAGGCUCGGCCCAAAAGAGCAAGGACCCCUGCCAGGGUGGACCCCCGGACCUCGUCUCCAGCACCGCUGGAGAGAGUGAAGGAGCCUCGUCAGCCCGCCACCCCAGAGGAGAGAAAGGGUUCACCUGUGCUUCCUGCUGCUGUAGUGUCCUCGGCCGCUGCCUCGCCCCAUGCCCCGAGCACGCCGGUCACAACAGCAGCCACUUCCUCCUCACUUGAGCCGGUCCCCACGGCCCCAUCUGUGCCCGCGGCGUCGCCUGCACCGUCGCCAUCAGCCAAGCCCAUGGCAGGCACCAACAACCCAGAGGAGGCGGCUCGCAUCCUGGCAGAGAAGCGCAGACAGGCCCGAGAGCAGAGGGAGAGGGAGGAGCAGGAGCGCCGUGAACAGCAGGAGAAAGAGAGGAUCUUGAGAGAGGAGCGGCUAGUGAGGGAGGCCGAGGAGAGGCAGCGCCGGGAGGAGGAAGCCAGGGCCAUGGCCGAGGAGCAGAGGAGGAGGGACGAAGAGCAGCGCCUGAAGGAGGAGGAGGAGGCCAAGGAGAGGGCCAUAGCCGAGCAGGAGGAGAACCUUCGCCUGCAAAGACAGAAAGAAGAGGCUGAGGCUAAAGCCCGUGAGGAGGCGGAGAAGCAGCGCCUCGAGAGGGAGAAACAUUUCCAGAAGGAGGAGCAGGAGAGGCUGGAGAGGAAAAGGCGCCUGGAGGAGAUUAUGAAGAGGACACGCAAGACAGAUGGAGGGGACAAGAAAGACACAAAGUCCUCCACGCUUGCACACGUCAGCGACAAAGAUGCAGAGAGCAGCAAAGCAUCUGUUGACUAUCAAGCGAUGCCAGAGGUCACCGUGCCCUAUAACAAGACAGAAAACGGACGAGAAAGCCCGUCUGCUCAAGUGGUUAACGGGGUCCAGCCGGUGAGACACGAAAACGGCCUGCCCGCUAAAGAAGACACUGCCCAUUUUGCCGACAUCCUCCAUCUGACCAAUCGUGGCAACACAACCAACGGAGCCCGGGAUCAGCCCGAGACGGACAUGGACGGCGAGCCAAUCAUCUCGUUUGACAAUGAGGAGACUUUCAUGAGGAAGACAGGCCCCAUGAAGCCCCAGCACGUAGCAGAGGUGCUGUGACUCAUCGCCUGGACCACUGACUUUGCCAGCCCUGCCGACACGCACACAGGGACCCCUGUUACCUGUGCCAAUCAACAACCUUCUUCUGAGCUCCUACAAGCAAAUAUACAUCCUUCUCUCGCCGCAGAAGAUGACGACCAAGCAUCGAGACACAAAGACAAAACGGCAGAGCUGCAUGCAUCACAGGUGCGGCACUGAGGCCAUGCACCUUUAAUAUGCAACAGUAUCAUCCUUUGUACAGAUGAGUAAUUAUAAUAAGCAGAAACUUAAGUGUUUUCCUUAUUCUUUAGUUAUUUAACUGAAAAAUCUGGGUACAUUUAUGUGAAUAAUGUAAAUGAAUUUAGGAUGUCAAACAAAGGAGGACAGUAUAAAUUAAAGCCGUAUAAAGGGAGCGGUUUAAGGCUACUCUGCUGUGAGUAACCUUCAAAAUGAAACACAGGUAUUUAUAUAUCCUGGUCUGUAAAAAGUGACUUGUAUCUGUUUUUUUAUGUAAAUGUGUGUUCAAGGCUUUUCCCUGUUGCGUAAACCUAACUUCUGUUCUUACCUGAACCUCAGCUGUGACUGAUUGUAUGCAGAACUGGAUGUAAUAAUGUUCAAUCUGGACAAGAAGAACCUAGAGGUUAUGUAAGGUCAAAUUCCUAUAAACAGGAAUUCAUGUUCGUAUCUUCACACGUAAACAUGUUUUCUCCAAUUUGCUUUGAGAUUCCAUGGACUGUAAGUAUCUGAACUGCUGGUGUGUUUGUAAAUGCUAUAAAUACAUACUGCUGAGAGUUACAAUGUCUUAAAGUCUUAUUAAAGACAAGCUGUCCGGUC